GGAUGUAAUAUCUUUUUCGUCAGCAGUGUAAGGUGUUUUACAGAUUGCCUACUCAAGAAUUGAGGGUGAUGUGAUCGUGUGUUCCGCAUAUGCGCACGAACUGCCGCGCUAUGGAAUCAAGAUUGCCUACUCAAGAAUUGAGGGUGACGUGAUCGUGUGUUCCGCAUAUGCGCACGAACUACCGCGCUAUGGAAUUAAGCUUAGGAUUUUUUUCAUCAUAGUUCUAAUGGAAGAGUACCGUUGCCUUGGCGAUUUUGAGUUUGGGUAUCGACGCCACGUCUUCACCAACAGAUGUAUUUUUGUGACACAACCAAAUAUUGCAAAUUUUCAAACAUUCUCUGGCCACUUGUAUGCUCCACAGUGGGUCUGA